AAUGGUGGGGAUUGAAGGCAUCAUAGUCGGGAUAGUUGGCAAUGGAGUGGAAGGAAGUGGAGGAAGAGUGACCUUGGGAGCAUUGGGGAUGGUUGGGAAUGUUGGUUUUGGCAUAGAUGGGAUUUGGGUGCUUGGGAAAGAAGGCAAUGUGGGCUUUGGCAGUGCUGGGAUUAAAGGGGUGGUUGGCAAUGGUGGCAAUGCGGCUUUAGGCAGUGUUGGGAAGGAAGGCAGUGGAGGCAAUGUAGCCUUGGGAAUGGGAAGGGAUGGAAUGGUAGGCAGCGUCAAUGCCGGGGGUGGAGCUGCUGUGUCCAGAAGGUUCCGGGCAGCCAGGCUUACAUCAAGGCUUGAUAAACACAAUGCUGCUACCAUCAUAGACAAUAGUAGGAAACAAUGCUUGAAACCUGCCAUAUUGGUUGAUAUAUAG